AAUAGAGGAUAGGGUGCGUGGAAUGCCGUGUGGGCGUCUGAGUGCCACGCGUGAGGGUACAGGAGUGACUGGUCUGAGGUCUUCGGGCUGCAUUAGUUUUUCAUGACCCCGACCUAUAUUGAAAAUGCCCAUGUGUUACCAAGUUGAUAUUAUUUAAAUAUAUAUGUUAAUGUUUGAAGAGGGUAUUCCCUUGAGGCAGCAGCAGCUCCCUCACAACACGUCACAGUGACUCACCCCAUACACUCCUGAUAACGGGUCUGCGUCCCAGCAAGCCUGACAACCUAACCAGUGUGGCACCAGCCUGUAUCAGUGUGUGAGUCCACCUACCAUGCCAGUCAAACCUGGCAGCUGUGGCGGAAUAUAGUGAAAAAAAAAUUUGGGCUAUCUUUUUUCAAACAUAUUACUUUGUAGUUUUAUGUGCUACAUCUUGAGCAGAUGGGGACCCCAAUGGAGUUCUCCUUUGCUCAGACAACAAUUGCGCCUAACGAGACAGAUUUUGAGCUGAUUGAGCCACUGUGGCAACAAGACAAACACAGCUGUAACCAGUAUGUUGCUCAGAACAAAACAUCCUGGCUACACACUGGCUAUGAAGGAAUCCCAGAGAACUUGCUCAUUAACGUCCUGGCAUGGCUUUUGUUGCUGUCCCUAUUCACUGUGCUGAGGAAAAAGGCGUGGAACUAUGGGCGGCUGGCUCUGGUGCAGAAGUACGAGAGUCGAAUAAAGAACCUUGGAUUCAGUCAGUACAAUGUGUGGACGCAGCUAUUCUAUGGACAAGAGUCAGACACAGGGAAGAUGGCAGCAGAGGUGGACUCGGUCUCUUCACUGGAGUUCAACUUGCAGCUAGACAAAGGUUACUUCUCAUGGAUUCCAGCUCUUUUCAAAAUCAAAGAUGAACAGAUCCUGGCAAAGAGUGGAAGAGAUGCAGUGCAGUACUUGUCCUUCCAGCGGCACAUUGUUAUCUACCUGAUGAUUGUGUGCAUUAUCAGCAUCUCCAUUGUCCUGCCCAUCAACUUCCAAGGCACACUGGAGGGAGGAAAGAAGGAGUUUGGCCACACCACUAUGGCCAACCUCAACCCACAGUCAAGACUAAUGUGGAUCCAUGUUACCCUGGCUUUCCUCUUCUUGCCAUUGGGAAUAGUGUUCACCAGGAGGUUCUCUAAGAAGCUUGACUUGAAGGAGGUGACCACCAGUGCCUCCCGAACCCUCAUGAUAACACGAGUGCCGCGCAGAGCCUGUCACAAGGACACCAUUCUCAAGCACUUCCAGGAGGCUUACCCAGAUUUGGAGGUGCAAGAUGUGCAGUUUGCCUAUGACAUAAAGUCCCUGAUUGAGUAUGACAAAGAAAGGGAGGUGGCACGCAAUGCUCGGCUGUACUGUGAGGCUUACCUGAAGGAAACUAACAGGAGGCUGGACAUGCGGCCUUACAAGUGUGGUGUCAUCUGUGGCUGCUGUGACAUAUUUGGCUGCCCCACAGUUGAUGCUAUUGAGUUCUACAGUGAAGAGGAAAUGCGACUGAGUGGUGAAGUUGAGAAUGAGAAAGUGAAGGCGCUGCAGAGACCAACUGGUGUAGCUUUCCUAACCUUUGACAGUAUUGAGAAUGCCAACAAAGUCCUCCGUGACCACAAGAACAAGUGUGACUGUUUCCGCAACAUUCCCGCCUCCUCAGUCUCCAGUGAACUCAAACCCUACAACUGGUUCAUCCGAGUGGCUCCUUCACCAGAGGAUAUUUACUGGGCCAACUUGUCCGUCACCAACCGUCACUGGUGGUUGAAGGCAGUGAUCAUCAACAUCAUCCUCUUUGUGAUUCUCUUCUUCCUCACCACACCAGCUGUGGUGAUAAACAGCCUUGACCUCCUUCUUAUCCAGGGAAAGCUUUACACUAUGAGCCCACUGUUGUCUGAGUUCUUUCCGACCCUGCUGCUGUGGAUCAUGGCCGCCCUAAUGCCCGUCAUUGUGUCAUACUCAGACCAGUUCAUGAGUCAUUGGACGCGCUCUGUUCAGAACCACUCCAUCAUGAGGAAGACCUUCAUCUUCCUUCUCUUCAUGGUCAUCAUCUUACCCUCCCUCGGCCUCACCAGUGUUAAAGGUUUUGCGGAGAUGAUGUUCAGACCCCAGAAUGAAACGUUCCGCUGGGAAUGCAUCUUCUUACCUGACAAUGGCGCUUUCUUUAUCAACUAUGUCAUCACUUCAGCUUUUAUUGGCACUUCUCUGGAGCUGAUUCGCUUCCCCGAGCUUUUCAUGUACAUCCUGCGGCUUGGCCUGUCCCGGUCCCAGGCUGAGACGGCCAGUGUGAGGCAAGCCAUCUUGUACGAGUUCCCCUUUGGUGUGCAGUAUGCCUGGAUGAUGUUGAUCUUUGCCAUGACCAUCAUCUACUCUGUGUCCUGCCCUCUCAUCACUCCCUUCGGAACGCUCUACAUGAUAUUCAAGCAUCUUGUGGACAAAUACAAUAUCUACUUUGCGUAUGGAAGAUCUGUCAUCAGCAAGAAGAUCCACACUACUGCUAUUAACUUCGUGAUAGUGUCCAUAGUUUGUCUACAGCUAAGCCUCCUCUUCUUCUCCUUGCUGAGACAGGGGCUGAAAAAAGACCUCACUAUAUACAGCAUAGUACUCCUGAUCAUCACUUGCCUCGUGUUUGUCACUCACAACACACUGCACUGGUUCAAGGAGCUCAGUCCUGUGGAGUAUAAGGAAUUUGGCAGUGACCAACCAAACGGGGAGGUGUCUUCCGUGAGUGAAGAUGGACUGGAUCCCGAUGCCUCACCAACGGAAGUAGCAUGUCAGUUUGUACCGUCAGUGCUGCGAGACGCUCCCUCUGGGGUGGAGUCCAGCUAUUCCUUUAUUGGGACUGGCCAGCCGCCUCGCAGCUAUGGAACACAGCCACUGGAUGAUGACAGCAUCUUCCUAGGCAGUGAGGCCCCAAUGAGAGGAAGUGGAUCCCUUUACCAAGACUACUCCCAGCCCAAGACUGAGCCUUCCCAGUCCCGGAGCAAUACCCCAGAGCCUGCAGAUCCAUGCUGCCGUGGGUCUGCAGUGCUGGAAGGGACAGAUGAAUCAGGGCUGUCCAUUCAUGAGGCUGGUGAAGGGGAAAUUCAGCAGCAGCAGGAGCAGCAGGAAGACAAAUACAAUACACAAGAUCAGCAGUGCCUUUGGUCCUGGCGUCAGGCUGACCCAGGCCCCGGUUUGUCACUGCAGGUCCGGACAAUCAAUGCGGAGAUCAACACCCCGGCCCCUCAGCCCUGUCCCGGGGAGGAGGCAGCGGAGGAAGAGGAAGAGCUUUACACCCGUGGUUCCCCAACAGUAGUGACGGUGGACGGGACGGUCACCGUUCCAUUCAGUGGUGAUCCCAGUGGUGCCCUCCACAGCCAGAAGCACAGUCACCUGGCCUCAGACCAAAGUGCUCCUGCUACUAAUGUUUAGGUUGGUGUGUGUAACUACUCUUUAUAAUGAGUGCAUGGGAAGUGGUGAUGCUUGUUAAUGGGGUAGUGGGUAAUAGUAUUCCGUAAGCUUUAAGAGCUGCCUGAUUAAUGAGCAACCACAUUAGCUGCCAUUGACAGAGGGAGCUGUGCUAGAAAAAUCCAAAAAGGUUAUAAUCAUUAUAUGAUUACAAGCUUAGGUGUGUUCCUGAUUUUGUUCAGGGUAUUGUUGUAAAUUACAGUAAGAAAAGCUGGCUUAUGAAUUUUCACCUUGUCAUAAAAGUAGAAGUAGUGUUUCUUGUCACGUAACCACUCGGAUGACAUACUGUAGUGUGAAACUUAAAUCUAACUAACAAGUAGCAUAGAGGGAUUGAUUAGUGACCAUCAGAGGUUUGGUGAUAAAGUGGCAUCGGUGAGAUCUCAUUAAUUAACCUGAAGGAAUCUCAAAUAGGAUUUGUUAUAUUAAUGUUUCAGAGAAAAAAAGAUUGCCGUGAGGCUCGAGUCCCUGAAUUAAACCUUUAUGCUUCAUAGAAUGCACUAAGAGAAAGACAGGAUUCCACUUAGCUUACUCAUUAAUGACCCCAUAAGAAUAUAUGUGUGCAAAGCAAGGCCACGGAUUGCAAGCCACUGAAAUAAAGCCACCACUGUCAUGGCGGGCAUGGAGUGGCAGGAUCAGGUCCACCAGGUGUGUGGCUGAGGUACAGCGGACCGACGGUGUGGAGCUCAGGCACAGGAUCACACCACCAGUGAAGGGUACGAUUCUUCAAGCAACAGUUUCCAAUAUUUUUGUUACCAAGUAGCACAUCUGAAGAGUAUCCUGGAUGAUCUACAAGCCAUGUUAAAUAUGUAUAUGUAACAUGGCCUGUAAAAGACUCCAUCACAUACUGGUAGUUUGACAGGUUUUGUAUUUUGUAUUUUUGUAGAAUGUGUAGCAGUGUAUAUUUGGUUUUUGGCGAGGUAAUGUAUGCCUGCUUUAUUUAUUGCAAAUAGAACGUAGUGGGGAAUGAUAAGCAAGCACAAGUGAGGGGGUAUUCAACUAUGUCAGCCAGAUAUAGAUCAUUGCAGUCAUUAACUUUAUUAUACUUAAAUCCUUAGCACACCUUCCUGUAUGUGAUAAGACACUGUAGCUCCUGCUUGCACGUUUUUAACCAAAGCUGAGAACCAAAUUGUAAAAUUUACUGAGGUAAGAUAUUGAGAUGCAUGCUAUCAUUGAAAAAAUAAGAAAAGAAUACUGGCCAUUAUUUUUGUACACAAAAAUAUUUUCUUGACCAACCUUCAGCAGAGAUAUUGAAAUUAAGGAGAAGAAACAAGCAAGGUAUGGUCUUUUGGGUGAUGUUAGUCUUAGCCAAAAUCCCUAAUAUAUAACUUUGAUGAAGCUAGGAAGAAUUACAUAACUCGUAGCAUAGACCUCCCUGACAUGUAGCCUUUAUGAAACAACUUACUAUUGAAGAUUGCCUUUGGGUUUUCAGAUUCAAGGUGUCUCCAUGAGUGUAGUGUAUUCCUUAAUAACCUGAAGCCACAUGUAAUAUUCCAGCAUGUAGGGAACUUGCAUACUGAAGCACUGCUGAUGUCUCUUUAAUGUUACAGGGUUUUGUAAAAUUAUAUAUGAGUUUGCUGACUCGCACUCAACAAUGCAGAUGUUGUUCUUAAUUGUGCUCAUAUUUGUAUGUUUACUUUGUCCGUUAUUGAUGUUGUGUAUGUUGAACAAUAAUUUAAGAAUGACUGAGUUAUGAUUUUUAAAUGACCAGUUUCCUUUCAAAAUUAUAUACAGAUUUAUAAUCAGGUUUAUUGUAAUAUAAAACUUUAGAUUUUCUUGAUUGAUACAUAUUUUUUUAGGAUAUAAUGUAUAGAGUUCAUGGAACCUGUGGUAAUGUUAAUAGUGAUUCUUUUUUAUUGAUUCUUCGUCCUUUGUACAUACAAAUAUAUUACUUGCAUAUUCAGAUUAUGUUUGAUAGUACGUAUUUCAAAGAGCUCAUGCAUAGGUGUCUGUUGUGCCAUUUUACUGUACUGUAUAGAUACAUAACUUAUUAAUGUCUAUAUAAAUCAGUCAAUACUGGCUUAUUACAGUCAUAUGACCAUGUAGCUUCUCCAGAUAACUAGUGAGGAUCCCUCCUUUGAUGAGAGCCAGCAUUAUAAAGCUGCAUACAACUGCAUGAUUGUGUUGGCGCCCCAGUGCACUGCAGGUAGUGAGUCAGGCAGUAGUGAUGUAGGAUUGGUUUCCUGCCGCCUGGCACUGCACAGCAACACACCCUGGGUCACAUUUCUUAUUUUUCCAUUGCUGCACAAGGCAGGGCACUGCCAGUGGUAACUCAUUUGAUGCCUUGCAAUAUUUCUUGGUCAGAUUCUGUCACACACACACACACACACACACACACACACACACACACACACACACACACACACACACACACACACACACACAGUAAAUGUGGAAGGUGGGGAGUGACCUUCCACAGGCACCACUACAAAGCAAAGGUCUGGUGGCCCUGUGCUGUGCUAGACUUGGCUGUCCUGUUUUUAUUUUUCAUGUCCGUUUAUCAUACUUAUAAAAUCUCUAAUUAUAUUUUGUCACACCGGAUGAUAGAUCAAAUUAUAUAUUUUUUUGUUAUCCCCCCAGUUUUAUCGAAUUUAAUUUAUUAUAGUUUGCUGGAUGUGCUCUGCUUAAGCUCUCUAGUGAUAUACAUACAAAUAGUAUAUUUUGUGCCUAAUAUCUGAAUUUCUUAAUAAACCUUGAAGGCAAUGCUAUUUCCUUGUCUGUAAGAGAGAGAGAGAGAGAGAGAGAGAGAGAGAGAGAGAGAGAAUUAACAUAUAACAAUUAAAGCAAGGAUUGAACUAU